AUGGUGAAUAUUAAAGAUAAAUAUGAAAACCCAUCAACCUCGCAGAGUGCUCCAACAACCCCGAGACCUUUGCGUCGAGACCCAUCACUUCCAACGUCUUUACCUACAUACUCAAAGCCAGAUAAACUGCAAGUUGUAUCUCAAGAAAAGCCUAUAUCUUGUAGAAGAAGGUUCCUCAAAUACCUUUACAAUAGAGAAAAAAAGACAUUUUGUGGUAGAACGUGUAAAAAUUGGUUUUCGAUCAUCAUCUAUUCUGUCCUAUAUGUAAUAUCUUUGGCAGCUUAUUCCCUGUUAUUUUUAUAUGGUACUUUAAUAAUAUUGAAGGAAUUAAUUGAUUAUCGAGUUAUGGACAAAGUGGAGUUACUGACUUACUCAGAAAAUGGGAUCGGCCUUUCAGGGACGCCAGCUUCUGAAGGUGAUCAGCCAAUAAUCUGGUAUAGGCAAGGUGUUGAAGAUGAUUACAAAAAAUACAUUAACGCGAUCGACAGACUUUUAGUCAAGAAUAGAAGAAAAAGGGAGCUCAGUGAUUUAGGGCCUUGUGGCGAAGCUCCUUACGGAUACGGAGACAAACCUUGUGUGAUAAUCAAGAUAAAUAAACAGUUGUAUUGGAAAGGGAAACCAUUGGACACCAAUUCAUCUGAAACGAAAUUGGCACCAAAGCAAGUUCUGAAUUGGAUACAGAGAGACAAGAAACUCUGGAAUUUCUGCGAAGGGGUUACCUCGUUCGACAAAGAACACUUGAGGGAUAUCGAUUACUAUCCAAACCCUCCAGGCAUAGAUCCUGGCAUAUUUCCAAUAGAUUUGCAAAGCGCUUUGCCUGUAGUUGCCAUACAAAUAUCGAAUUUUACUAUAGGUACAUCAUUGGCGAUAGAGUGUAAACUUUGGUACGAAGGAGGUCCUUCAUCUUUUGGGUUUGUAAUAUAUAUUGCUCCAGAUAGUCAAGUAGUUUAUAGGAAGACGAUUGAUAGUGAAAUAAAUAGUGGAUGA